CAGAAGAAAUCGAUUGGGGUCAAAAGCGCUCAGGGAUUUUCAAUGCAUCGAAAGGCAUCGAAUCGAACACAGCGCUCGUUCCUAAUGAGAUUACCUUUAAAUGACACCGCCUUAGCAAACAAAGGAGCGUGUCAUAGAAAUGGGACGUUUUCGACCGCCAUCGUUUUCGUCUUUGAAUCUUCGAAAGCCUUUCUUCUUUUGUUUGGUGCUGCUCUACCAACGGAGUUGUCUCGUAGACGCUAGGUCGUGGAGUGAUAUCCUCAGUCCGUCUCUCAACGACGCAAGUUAUGAUGGGAAGCACCACGGGCAUCUACGCAACAAGCAUUAUCGUCCGGGAGAACUCAGCUUUGAAAUAGAAGAGGAUCCGUUUUACUUUCCCCCACCAACGAAAACUAAUCAACCCAACCAGAGUCAAAAAGAAGCACGGAGAAAGAAGAACCCGUUCAUAAACAAUAGAAAGGACGACGAAAUAGCGAACGCUGCUACCACUAUUACUAUUACACAACAACAACUCCAAGCCACAAAACCAAGAAUACCGAAAGAAAGAGAACACGAGCAACUAUUUUCCGGCAACAUAUUUGUCCACGAAAGCAACAAAAGAAAAACAAACAAGGAAGAUGCAAGGGCUCCUGUGGAAAAUAUUCUUUCUAAAAAUCAAGGAGACAACAACCUUGGUAGUAAUCGCAGAAAUAAACGAUCUUCUAGCAGUAUUUCGAGGGUCUUCGUGAUGAAUCCGACGGAGUCACUUGCCUCGGUAUUGCCGACGGAAGACUAUCGCGAAAAAUCGCUACUUGUUGACUCUUUUACUAGAACUGGAGCCGCUGCAAUUCCUUUUGACGCAAACGACGACGCAGAUCGUGAUGCAGAAAAUGAUUCAAAACACCCGACUGUUUAUUACGACUAUCCGGAGCACUCGGUGACACCGUUGAACCCCCCGCUCUCCUAUUUCAAUUACGAUACCUCGAGUGACUCUAGAAACGGACCAGGAACUCUUGUAGUAUCUUACUCGACUCAUCAGAACGAAUUCGUUUCGAAAUACGGGAACAACGCGUGGGCGGAUUCCUACCAGCCGCCUCCCCCAGUUGAUCCAAACAUUGCCGUAGCCAUGGCGAACCGCCUUAGCUACGAAACAAACGAUUCGAAUUCCUAUUCGACUUCAUAUUAUUACUGGGAUGAGUUUGGUCCCGAAGGAUACGGAUUCGGUCCCUGGAAAGGGACACUCACGGGAAGGAAACUGCGGACCAAAAAUCAGUGUGGGAACGUCGGGAGGCAAUCCCCCAUCGACAUCCGCCUCACCGGGGUGGCUUGCCUCGAGCACCAUCAGAUCCGCACCCGGAAGGGCGAUUUCAAGCUGAAACAGCACCGUCCGGAGCACUCCAACCUCAAGCUUUCCAUCCUGCCCAGCAAGCUCCGGGUGUGGUUCCAGCGGCGGCCGUGCUCCGAUCUGGAAAACCCCGUCUGCAGCGAGCCCGAUCCGCCCCAUGCCGACUUCCCGCAUGGGUGGGGUGGUUUUGCCGACGUCCUCCACGUGGAUUUCAAGUUUCCCGCGGAGCACACGAUUUACGGCCAAACCUUUGACGGCGAGAUGCAGAUCUACCACCUGCACCCGGGAAGGAGGCGGCUGCCGGUGGUGAGCGUCCUAAUGAAAGUGGCCGGGGAUGACAACGGCGAUGGAAACAACGAUGACGGGCACAACGAGUAUCUCCAGCGCAUUCUCGACGGGUUCCAGUACGAGUACGACACGAACAGGGCAAAAUGCGCCAUCGCCGCGAUCGACGCGGGGCACCGCCGCCGAAAACUACAGCAGCGGCAACACGGGGAGCCUGCAAGACCAGGGGGAGGGACACCAACAAAAGGGGACCAUCGGGGAACGCAACAAGAACACGGGGGGGAAGAGACUAUUUCGUUCUCUGCAGAGGGUUUCGACAGCGGCACAAACGCAGCAAGAUUCCAUGCAAAGGCAACAAAAGUUACUCCGGGACGAACGAAUUUCGGGGCGGGGCACGGGAGCAAAGCCGCGAAAGGGGAUAAGAGAACAAAACACCGAAACAAACAGCACGCACAGCGAGCCAGCAGUAGCCCCUUGUUCGAGCACGACGAGGAUCACUUUUCGAACCUCUCGGGUCUCGAGAUCCGUGCCAGCGCAGCCUUUGGUGGGAACCGAGAACGGCUCGAGGAAUACGCCAGACUAUUGUUGCCGAACAAUGGAACUGGAAACGAUGGCCAUGGCCACUACGAGCACCAAUCUAACAUCAAUGCAACCACAGAUUUCACGAUCCGGAGAGAAGCACACCGGCGCCGAUUGUCGACGUCGCGGUGGAACCCCCACCACAGGUCACUGGUUCCUUCCUACUAUUUCUAUGGUUACGACGGAUCUCUCACGGAACCCCCCUGUUCCGAGAUCGUCUCGUGGUUCGUGAUGGACGGUCCCCACAUGGAGGUCUCCUUCAACCAGCUGGAGCAGGCCAAGGCGAUCCUCUUUACCAACGUCGACGGGUCUUCCUGCAGAGAGACCAGCGUCCACUACCGAAACAGCGUGGCGCGGCCGAUUCAGGACACCGGUCCGGACCGGGACGUGUGGCACUGCACCCGCGACAACUAUGUCCCGGACAAGGAGCGGCAAGGGAUGCACUAGGACGGUUUUAAUGCACAAACGCGCCAGCAGGCACAAGCCCACGAUGGCCAAGAACAUCAAACACUAAAAAUUGUAACACAAU